CUAAGCGUAAGGAUGAGCACGACGGCAGUACCAAACGGAGCCGCCGCCCCCCAAAAAUGGCUUUUUUUUCCAUUUCUCCGCCCUCCCCCUCUCUAUCUCUCCUUGCAACCAAACGCCAUCCCUUCGCUAAACCACCAAUCCCCGCUACUCCCCAAACCCCUGACACUCGCGCUCGCCGAUUCCUCUCCACGGCGGCGGCGCCGCCGGAGCUCGGAGCCCUGGAGAGGGACCAGAAGCGCCCAUCAUCCAGCCCCGAACCGGGCGUGGCGGAGAGCGUGAAGGUGCUGAAGGCCGCCGCCAAGACGCGGCGGGUCCCGGCGGCGGAGGUCCUCGACGCUCUGGCCGCGAUCAAGAAGGCCAAGGCGGAGUCUUCGUCGUUCCUCGAGACCCUCGGCGGGACGGAGUCUCCGGGGAGGACCUGGAUGCUUAUCUUCACCGCUCAGGGUAAGUUGGAGAAGGGCCGGUAUUUCCCUCUUACUGCUGUUCAGCGAUUUGAUGCUGCGGCAAAGAGGAUUGAGAACGGAGUCUAUUUAGGGCCCAUUGGCUGUCUAACCUUUGAAGGCAAAUUUUCGUGGAAGGACAGGAUACUGGCAUUCAUUUUUGAGUGUGUUCGUAUAAAGGUUGGACCAUUUGGUCCUUUGCAAAUUAGUCUGGGAGGAGGAGAGAGGGAGCCUAGCACCAAGGAUCCCUUCUUCAUCUGGUUUUAUGUAGACGAGGAAAUUGCUGUUGCUCAAGGCAGAGGUGGAGGCAUUGCAUUCUGGUGUCGAUGUCGCCGUGUCACAUAAUUCCUACAAAAAAAUUCAAUUAAAUUCUCAUGGUGAGGACAUCACGUAGUGCUUGUAUAUUGGUUUUAUUCAGAGCCUUGUGUGAAAAAUGACAAAGGACCUCAGUGGUGUAUUGCAAUAUAGAUAUGAGAAGGGAUAAGUAAAGGUGCUUUAUCCAAAUGUAGUUCCACCUCCAUCCUUUCACAAGACAUGAGGCAUCUGUCCUGUUCUUUAUCCUUGUUUUUUCCUUGUGAUGUAUCAACUUUUCAGCAAACUUUUAAUUCUCAAGCAACUUAGCAUUACAUACUUUAAAUAGAAUUAA